GCCAGCAAACUCAACUCACGCGGGAGGAUUUAGAAAUCCGGGAAGCAGAAGAACUUCAGGAUGAGCUACAGCGGCACUUGGACGAGGCAGCAGAGAGGAGAAGAAAAGUCAUACUUAGGAAGGCCAGACUAUGAAGUAGAAUGCAGGAGCUAGGCAGACUGGAAGCACUAGAUGAGGCAGCUUUAGACCCUGCUGGUCGUGUGGUGCGUAAUGCUUUACAUUCAAUAGCUGAAGCGCAGAACGUCCUGCAGGAAUUGCUGGCCGAUUUGGUGGCAGGCCAGAAACAAAUCCUGGUUGAACUUCGGGCUCCUCGCAUAGCAGUGAGGCAGCCACAAUUUGCUGUAGUUCCCCCUGUAGGUGCGGGUCCUUCAUCGAUGCCGCAACACACACGGCAAAGUUUCUCUCCUAUGUUUGGCAUGCCCCCUCCAGGUGGUUUAGCACCAACUAGUGGUCUGGUUCAAAGAGUCUCAGUCGUACCAUCCACGAUAGUGGUAACUACAGUCCCACUGUCAAGCCAGGCCCAGGUUAGUGUGCAGCAGCCUGUUUCAGUGGCAAUGCAGCCGCUGCAGCAAGCCCCUGGGCCCAUGCAGCCUAUGCAGUGGAUGCCCAAGAUACCUCUGAUGAGUACCAAGCCUUUCUCUGGAGACGGGAAGAAGGAAGAGGACUUGGAUACCUGGGUGAGGACUGUGCCUACUUAUGUGAGGCGCAAGCUCACAAGGCCAGAGCAAGAAGUUGUAGUGGCUGCCUUCUUUUUAGAGGGAUCAGCAGCUCGCUGGUUGAAUGGCCUAGUGCAGCAACAGGGUUACGGCCAGGAUUUCAAUGCCUGGGCCCAGGCCCAGACAUUGGAACAGUUCGUACGGUCCGUCUACAACAGGUGGCAUGACCCGCAAGGGGCUCAAAAGGCCACCGAUGCUAUCAACAACCUUUGUUCCCGCAGGUUCAAGGAUGUUAGAGAGCUUAUAGACACCGUAGAACGCCUUCUCGUGGUACCUGGUGUGCGUUUUGACCAGCAGGUUCUCCUGACGAAUUACCUAAGGUGCUUACCUGUAGAGGUAAGGACCAAACUGGUUGAUGAGGCCUAUGUCGAACAGCACACCUUCGCUUCUUUUAGUAAGAAAGCUCCGGACAUAGAGGCAAGGUCGGGAUCUGCACAUAAGGUAUCCCAUGAUGGUAGGAAGAGACUGCCCCAAGACUGGAAGAAGAAGGGUCAGUUAAUGUUCGUUGACCAUGAUGGGCAAACGACGGAGAUUGACGAAUUCCCAGACCUUGGGGAGUUGACAGAGCAGGAUGGGGCCAGCGAGAUUUCGGAUGGGGGAGUCGUGGCGCCCAUCAAGGAAAAGGCUACGGGGACCGGGAAGAAGAAGGUAGGACGGUCCACGGGUCAGGGAGACCAAGGGACACCCGCAUGGGUAAAGCUUGGUUUGGAUUAUGAGGUGUGGAGGGACCGAGUUGCUAGGGGCACUUGCAUGAACUGUGGCAAUUAUGGCCACACGUCGCGUACGUGCCGAGGUAAAAAGGUCACGACGAAGGUAGCCACGCCAACAGUGGUGGGCUUAUCUUCGAAUCCUGGGAGUGCUUCUGCAAGCAGCUCACAAGGAAAGACCUCGGGCCAGUAGGAGUGUUAGCCGCUCUUACUCGU